GGUCCCCGCCCGUGCGGUGUGCGCGCCUCUGCUCGCUGACUCGCCUCCUCCUCCUCCGCCUCCUGCUGCUGCUCGGUUGCGUCCACGGGAGCCCCGAUCACUUUACAGGCGAUCAUUGUUCCCCAAGUGAAAAACAAGCGCCACUCUGAGCUGGGCGCUCGCUGCUGGCGCUGCUGCUUGCUCCGGAGAGGACCCAGACAUGCCUCCUGCUGCGGCCCGCGCCUGGCACCUGCGGGCGGCGCUCCUCUGCGCCCUGAUUUGCGCGCACGGCGGGGUCCCCAGCCAGGCAGGAGAAUGCAAAGAAUUGGAGUCAUGUGACAAGUGCAUUGAAGGAGAUGCUACUCUGAACAUCACGAACUGCGUGUGGAUGCACUGUCGAGAGUCUGAGGAGAAGCCAGGUUCCGGUAGCUGUGUUGUGAAGGGAGAGCCGGCCAAGGAGAAGUGUCACUUUUACAAUGUCACUACCAGCUGUGAAGCAUCCGAAACAACCACCAAGCAACCUCCACAGCCAACCACUAAAGAGCCUCCAAAGCCAUCCACUAAGGAGCAUGAGAUCAUCACACUUGGCACAACGGCCAGCCCUCCGCUAACUGACUCCCCGGAGUUCCACCCGCCAGGAUUUGACUCUGCCAGCUUCAUUGGGGGAAUCAUCCUGGUGCUCAGCCUCCAAGCCGUUGUAUUUUUCGUGGUGAAAUUCCUCAAGGCAAAGGACAGCACCUAUCAGACACUGUGGUGAACAAAACCCUAGCCAAAUAGCUCUACAUCCCUGCUGUGUGUAACCUUUGGUCAGUGUUAAAGGAAAUUUCAAAUGUUCUGUGAGAGACUCUCCUCCUUGCAUGCGCCCAACAAUAUUUCUGGGUUUCUCAUCUGUAUCUUCUGCUGCCAUCUCUUUCUCCAACAGAUCCUUUCAGAGAAUCACCAGCUGGGUUCUCCUCCUCUCAAUCUGUCCUUGAUUCUCUUUCUUUCUUUCUUUCCUCCCACCCACCUCUCAUAGGAGAGUGUGGGAUCAAAAUAUGUCUUUAAGCCUGCUUCACUCAAUGAUGCUUUCUCCUACACAGGUAAUCCACUGACAUAGUCAUGUGUGGAUUAUGGCAUGAGCAUCAUCUUUUGCUUCAGUUGCAUGUGUUAGGAAGCCAGUUGGGCAGGGCCUGUUAUGGAGUGAAGUGACUGCCUCAGGCGGCAGGUGCUUGGGGGCUGGCAGUGGUGAUGACAGGUUGAGAGGCCAGAACUGUGUCUGUAACAGAGCCUGGCCUGCAUGCCCAGCUAGCCUGCUGUCCUGCGGUAAGCUGGACAAGUCACCAGUGUUCAAGUAAAAUUCAUAGAAUCAUAGAGUUAGAAGAGACCACAAGGGCCAUCCAGUCCAACCCCAUUCAGUCGAAAGUCCAGUUGGCUUCUGAGUGAGUGUGGUGGUACCAUUUUGGUCAUUGCCUCAGGGGGCAGCAAUGGCUGCACACACACCAUACUCUUAAAGCACAUGACUCUUCCCCCCCCCCCAAAUAAUCCUGGGGAAUGUAGUUUGUUAGGGGUGCUGGGAAGUGUAGCUCAGUGAGGGGUAAACUAAAGUCCCCAGGAUUCUUUGCGGGAAGCAAUGUGCUUUAAAUGUAUGGUGUGUACACAGCCAAUGUGUUCUGCUUUGAAGUUGGACUUGGCUGGGUCUUAGUUGAAUCUUUUUGCCCCAGUUUUGGAUCUCUUCUCAGUCAAGGCUCAGUUUAAGCAGCGGGCCAGCUAGGAACACAUUAUUGGGGGCCAUGGAGGAAGAAUUUGAGGCAAGAUAAGACAGUUGUAUCCCUUUGCCCAAAGCCUUGGACCGUAUUUUCAGCUUUUUAAAUAAAUAAAAAGCUGUGCGAACCAAAGCCUGCCACUGUUCCUUUCCAGCUUUUAAAACAUCCUUAGGCAGCUGGCUCACUUCCGAAGCCAGUCUGGCAAAAUCACCCCAGAAGCCUAGCUAUUGAGGGCUUAACUUCCUUGAUGAUUGCAGCCAUGCGUGAUCCCCAAAUUUUGACCGUGGGUGCAUUUGCUCGUGCUGAUUCCUGCCCUAAAUCGUAAUUUUUCGGGCACCUUGAGAGAGGGGUUUGUUUGGCUUUCCAGCACUGGGGAAAGCUGCCGCUAUUAGGGGCGGCUGGGAUGUCAACCAAACAGUGAUUGCUGUUGUUUUUUCUUCGCAGCGUUCCUCUCACUCUCUUAUUUCUGUUUGUGUAACAAAUUGCUUAGACCUAGCUUGAUUCUAUUCCCAAUAGAACAUUGGGCUCAUUCAGGCUAUCUUUUGCACCAUACUUUCCAGGCACAGGCCUGCGCUUUAAAGCUUUGUGUCCGGGUGGGGUUUUUCCCCCCUAUGGCUUUUUCCAGGAAAACCCACGUUUUACUGCUGAAUCAGAGCAAAUGGCAAUUUGCAGAAAACCGAGCUAUUCAGUGGUGAAAUGCAGGUUUUCCCAGGGAAAGCAGUGGGACAAACAAACAAACAAACUUUCAGACAUGGGGCUUUAAAGCCCAGAACCGUGCCUAUUAACACGGCACAAAAGGUAGUUUGGAUGAACCCAUUGCUCCUGUCGUUUUUCAAAACUCUCUGAAAGGCAGGUGUAUCUCCCCUCCCGACAAAAAACAAAAACAAAUAGUGCUGCAUUCAUGAGGAGAACUGUCCUUGCUGAAAAUUCAGCGUUCUUUAAAGGGAACAGGAGCUCUGCUCUUCUGGGGGUAGCCCCCAUCUUAAUCUGGAGCAUAAAGUACAAAUCUCUUAACACCUUAUUCUCUCUUAACUUGGUCCAUUCUGCUUCUGUGUUCUUAACUGUACCCCCGUCCUUGGCUCCAAACUAAAGCUUGUAAUUUUGCCAUAGCUCUAUUACGUCCAUUCCUCUCCAGACCCUGUUAACCUGAGCACUAAUGCUAGCCAAGGGGAACCUUCUAUUUACUUGGCGUAUCAGUGACUCUCUACCAGAAAUGUGUGUAUUGGGCGUGUUUAAAGGGGCAUUGUGCUUUGAUAUUGUCUCUAACCUCAUGUCCCCAAUUGCCAUCUCCCCACCCUUUUUUUUUUGUAUCUCCCUUGCACGCUGCCUGUCAUCAGAGAGGACAACCAGCAGUAGGUGUAGCUGUGUGUGAAAGAACAGUGGGAAGUAAUGGGCUGUCUCUGGAAGCAGGAAAACCUACGCACCUUCUCUUAGACCCGCUCCCUUCGUGGGGCUCUUUCCUCAGAGCCAAGAAAGGCUAUUAUGGGCCUGUUUUUAUGCAUUCAGCAGCAUCAAAUGAUCUUUUCCUGGACCAUAGAACAUUAGCCUGCCGCGAGGAGCUUGCAUGUUUGACUGUUCCUCCUUGCACAGAGAAAUGUAGCAUGUCUUCAGAGAAAGCUACUUUGAAAUCCCUGGCCUUUUAGUUUUUCAUGUGCCGGUGAUUGAUUUUAUAUAUAUAU